GGAAAUUUCAGGAAAUGUACUAACAAUGAAUCUUUAAAAGUUAAUUAGUUUUAGUAGCGGUGGCAAGGAUUUAAUUUUAUAGAAUGGUGAAAUCGCACUUUAAGUAUAUGUGUUGUCAAAGCAAGUAUACAUACGAACCAUCUAGGCAACAAAACUUCGUUGUGAUACAGUUCUGUACCCUGACAGACUUACAAGUUUUGCUCAAAAGCUUCUAGCUAACAUGCAGUCAAGUGAUCUAGCGUCAAGUUUCCUAGCCAACACUAGCUCUCAGUGUUGAUUAUAUCAUGCUAUUACGAUAUUGCUAACUAGCGGCUUAAAUAACUUUCUUUCCUCAUUACACUAAUCCUCCACUACAGAAGAGGAAGAUGACAGUGUGCAGCUAAAGGAAUGAGCUGAUUGCCAUUCGACCAGAGGGAACUGCAUUUGAGAAGCGGACAAAAUGCCCCGACGGAAACAAUCCAAUCCACAGCCAGUAAAAUUGGACUAUGAGGAUGGCAUCACGGUGGGGAAUCCAGACACCCUGGUGCUGGAGAGCAACCUGCUGCUGGGGCAGGACCUGGAAUUCGGAGAGGCCGACUUCAAGAUCAUCGGCUUCGACAGAGACUCAGACUGUGUGUCUGGGGACAUGGGCAUGGCCGUGUACUCCCUGAGCGACGAGGACUGCGGCAGCUACAAGCAGCUCAGCCUGGGCAGCGACGUGGACGAGCUGCGCGACCCGACCAGCGACGACGCCUUCCGGCCGCGCCCGAGCUGCCGGGGCUGCGGGGAGCCGCUGGACGACCCCGACCAGCCCAUGUGCCUCCACUGCGGAGCCCUCGCCCACUCGGGCAGCGGCCGCAGGUCCGCGGGCGGCAUCGCUCAAGCGAAGAACGCCCAAAACGAAGGCCGCCUCCGGACACGGAGACGAAGCAAGCCGGCCAAGACGACGUCCGCCGGCGGCGCCGACGCCUCCGCCCACGGCCAUGCCGCCGGCGCGGCCCGCAAGAGCUUCGCGUGCCAGCUGUGCCCCUUCACCUCGCGCUACUCCAACCACCUGAAGCGCCACAUGAAGACGCACAACGGCGAGAAGCCGUACCAGUGCCCACGCUGCCCGUACGCCUCGGCGCAGCUGGUCAACCUGCAGCGGCACAUGCGCACGCACACGGGCGAGAAGCCCUACAAGUGCGCCCAGUGCGCCUUCGCCUGCAGCUCGCUGGGCAACCUGCGGCGGCACCAGCGCAUGCACGCCGAGGAGCGGCCGCACACCUGCGGCCAGUGCAGCUACCGCGCCGGCAGCGGCCUCAGCCUCAAGAGGCACAUGGCCACGCACAAGGGCAGCGGCAGCGGAGAGGAGACCACUGAGGAAGGGGUGGUGUCAGACUUCAUGCUCUCCAUCAGCAGCAGUGACGCUGACUUCCUGCACUCGUACGAGGGCCUGCAGGAGGACCAGCCCCCGCCCAGCCUGCUGGAGCCCGGAGCCGACGAGGAGGACGAGGAGGAGGAGGAGGAGGAGGGUGGGGAGGAAGAGGACCCCGAGGGAGGAGUGGCGUCCAUCCUCCUCCUUCCCUGCGAGCUGGACCCAGAGUCGCCCCUGGUGCCCCCCACCAUCAUCACCACCGGUGGUGCCCACCACGCCAAGCACCCGCUGGAGGAGCCGCCGCAGCAGACGCCCGAGCCUCCGGCCGCCGCCCAGGCCGAGCGCCUCUACGCGUGCCCGGUGUGCCCGUUCUCCAGCCACUACCCCAACCACCUGGCGCGCCACCGCAAGACGCACAGCGGCGAGAAGCCGUACGGCUGCCCGCACUGCCCGUACGCCUCGGCGCACCUGGACAACCUCAAGCGCCACCUGCGCGUGCACACCGGCGAGAAGCCGUACGCGUGCGCCCGCUGUGACUACGCCUGCGGCAACCUGGCCAACCUGCGGCGGCACGAGCGCAUCCACACGGGCGCCAAGCCCUUCCAGUGCCCGCUGUGCCCGUACAGCUGCAACCAGAGCAUGAACCUCAAGCGGCACAUGCUGCGCCACAACGGGCACAAGCCGCACCGCUGCCCGCUGUGCAACUACACCACGGGCCACUGGGACAACUACAAGCGGCACCAGAAGAAGCACGGCGGGGGCGGGGCCGGGGGCAUGGCCAUGCCACAGGGAUGGGCACAGGAUGAGCCAGAGCAGCAGCAGGAGAUGGAGGAGGAGGAGGAGGAGGAGGUGGAGGUGGAGCACAGAUGAGGGCACUGAAACUCAGGCACACACACACACACACACACACACACACACACACCUAUACAUGUACAUACACACACAUACACACAUACAUACUUAAACACACAUACACAUACACACAUACUUGCACUUACCUUAAGACACUCCGGAGAAUACUGUUUAACGUGCACAUGUGAACACUCGCUCUGACAUAAACACACACACACCCACACACACACACACACACUCACACUGACACACUUGUUUUCUUAAUCUCUGAGAACUGUAAAUAAAUCUAUUUUGUGUAUGAUGUCUUUGACUUGAUGACAAUAGACUGUUUAGAUACUGUGCAGGCACUGCUGGCUGCUAUGGAGUCGAGCACAUUGGGAUCACAGGUUUCAGAGUUGCCUUUUUCGUCGCCGAGUCAGGGCCGGCCUUGACCCCCCGCACACUGCUAACAAGGGCAUUAAAGGGGACUGAUGGUGUGUGUGUUGCAGUGUGUGUGUGUGUGUGUGUGUGUGUGUGUGUGUGUGUGUGUGUGUGUGUGUAUGUGAGAGUGAUCGAGGGAGAAGAUGGAAUAGAGUUUGAGUGAUUCUGACAUUGAUCAUGUCAUUGCUGUUGACUUUGUUAAGUGUGAUCUACUGUGAAUUUAUUUGAGAUAGAAGGUAAAUACUGUUGCCAGAUUCAAGUUUUGAUUUUAAUGCUACUGGUUUUAUUUUUGAGCUGUUAUUGACUCUGUUUAUUUGAUUAUGUUUGAUUGUGUUGAAAAAUGGAAGGGACCACCACACUCGUACAGACGUAUUUAACAUUUACUUUCAAUUUUGCCUAUUUUGGUUUGUAGCAUUUCAGAAGCCAUGUCUGGGUUUUUUCCCCUCUUGUUUAACUCUUGAUGUUGUGUUUCAUGAAGCUUUAACUCUCUUUAGUACGUGUUUCCUGGACAGAACUAUUUAAUGCCUAAAUAAUGUGAUCAAGCUCUUAAGCUCUGUCUACAAAUGCUCUGUGACUGUGGCCACCAUGUAAUGAGUCCAGUCAGUCUCUAUGAAUCAGGGAAGAAAUGAAUUUGAAUGUUUGGGUGCCAUUAGUACUGUCCUCACCAUGUCCGUGGUGUCGCCUCAGUCAAAGAAUUACUGCUCCCCAUCUUGAGGAUGGUUUGCAGGAAUUGUUAAGUGACCUUUCGCUUUGUAAUAAAAAAAGAAAAAAACAAUA